AUGGACCUCAGUGGCGUCUUCGCCGUCGACGGCGCUGACAGAGCGCAUAAGGUAAUUGAAGUCACUCCUCAGAAGAGACGCCAAGAGAACGACGUGCUGCAAGUGGCACAGCUAGGCGCCAAACGUGGUGAAGAGAAGCCAACCUGUGGCAAGUGCAUUUUCCGAGGAGAGAAGUGUGAAUGGGACACUGGUCUUACGUUCAGAUUGAGCGGACUCGAUGCCGACCACCCGUCAAUGCUCCUGGCAAGGCCUACGAAGCGAAGGGCAAAUGGUCAACUGAAGAUCGUUGAUGUGAGAUUCGACGACACUCAAACCCAGCAGGCUCAUGUCGAUACCGAGAGCCUGUCUAACUCACAGCCUGGUCCUUCGCUGCCUGGUGACAAGCUUGCUGCUUCGCUCGCAGAGCCAGAGAGUUCAGCCUGUGAUGCUACGGCGUCCCGUACCUGCUCCCCGUCAUGCGUACAAGUCGACAAGAAGCAGUCUGGUCCUACAACAAUCGAAGCUGAAAUAAGUGGUCGGUCCUGCAAGCCGCAAUGUCAGCGCUUCCCCUACGAGUUAGCAAAUCCCGUGGAUCUUGGUGGUAACGACAUCAUAACGACAGCAAACGCAUCCAACAGUGCCUCAAACCAGCAGGCGCAGACACAUGCACCAUCAAGCUCCGAUUCCUGCAGUUCGGAACCGCUUUCAGGGACCUCACUAGCGACCCGCUCUGGCUCGACCGCGACUUCGUUGUCCUCGAUCUCGGCCAAGCACGGUGCUGCACAGCCUGAGCCACAUUUGUCCAAUCAUGACCAUGAGAUCACGUACUUGGAGUGCCUGGACCAUUUGCUGCUGCCCACUACGCGAUCGAACGACGCACGCCAGCCCAAAGUGCGAUUCUCUGUGCCAGCACACGGAGCCAGGGAGCGGUUGCUGGAGCAGAUCAGGUUGUUGACAGUCAGUCCUGGCAGCGACUCAUCAGACCCAGGAGCAGACCUUGAUGCUCUAAACCUGCUAAGCUUAAGCGGCGCGUAUCGUUCCAAAGGUCUACGCCUGGUUCAUCAGACCCUGUCGGCAAGACCACUCGGUUGUACAAAAUUGGACAAACGACGUCAGCUAGAGCUUUGGCAAAACUACAGCAAGAAUAUAGCUCCUUGGUUAGAUGUUUGCGAGAGUCGAAGACAUUUCCAGUACACGCUGCCAAUGAUGGCGAAAUCGAGCGAUGCUUUGCACUAUGCUGUCCUAGCAGUCUCUUCCCGACACCUGGAGCUUCAGGCUGGGCGGCCUCCGACGGCAGAGAGCAGCGAGCUUUGCCGCGAUGCCGAACGCUUGAUGCAUUUCGAGAUUCGGUCAUUAGACGCCAGCUCUGUGGCAGCGCUGUUGCUGCUCUGCGUUCAUGACAUGAUGGCAGCUGACCACCGUGAAAGCCAGGACAGCAUGGAGGCUUGCGCAUCAUUUCUGAAGCGUACCUCGAUUGACGCCAGAAGCAGUGGCUUUGAACAGAGCUUGUUCUGGGCGUUCGCCAUGCUGUCUAACUGGGACGCUCUCGCGCACUCCCGGAAUAGCGUCCUUCGAUUGUACCAAUUCUUUCCGAGCGAGUCUCUGUCGACAGCCAUGAGCUACAUUCGAUCACAGACCUGGGGCGAAGCAUACUCGAAAUAUGCGCUGUACUUGUCCAUGAUUGUAACUAGCUCAAUCAACAUAGGCAAUUUCAACCGAACUCAAGAACAUCAUGGUGAAGCGCCUGCCCAGUGGAAAGCACUACAUGACCUGCUUGAGGAUUGGCACAAUUGUCGUCCGGAGGGAAUGCAAGCACUCAUGUCGUACCCAUCUAUCCUGGACGACGAGCACAAUCGGUUCCCUAUGCUUCUCUACAGCUCGGCUGCAGCAGUAAUAGGCAAUCUACUUUAUCACACUGCCUCUCUCCUCCUGCUGGAAUGCAAGCCGUCAAUGAUCGAGCUUCCUAAGAAUCACAAAAGCCUGAUAUGGCAUUCGAGGCAGAUCUGCGGAAUAGUGGCAGAGAACCAUGAAGCCGGCGUGCUUCCGCAUGCAAGACGACCUUUGCUAGUUGCUGCAACGCACAUCGCAGACGAGCUCGAACGAGGCAAGAUCACAGAAAUGCUGCAACAGAUUGAGCGGGCUUCGGGGUGGCUGACCGCUCAAGCAGCGCAAAUAAUAUCAGUCGUGUUCCCUGACCAGCAAUAUGAUCGCUCGUCAGGGUUCACUGUUCUUAACGAAACUGCGGCAUAUCGGUUCGAGACAUCGAAUCUAGUCACCACAUUAAAUCCAAACAACCCAAAUAAUUGGAACGUCCUACGUGGAGUGCUGUACGUUCCCGACGUGCCUGAUGCCGCCUGCCCGAACGACACUCUCUCCGUCAUACCUGCGAACGUUACUCGCGGUUCGGACCUUCCGUCGAGUCGCCUUCCACCGUUUGCUAUUGCGCCCUGGACGACACCAGAAUGUGUACAAGCAUUUCUCUCGUCUAUGCGAGCAGAUGCUGUCGCAGGAGCAUACUUCUUUCACCCGGACGGAAGCAACGAUGCGCCACCGAAUGUAAACGAUCCCUCAUGGUCCUUGAACGAUGGUGGACAGUGGCAGGGCGAGAACCAGUAUGGCAUUUAUGCCCUACCAGGUGCCGUGGGGGCUGGGGUACUGCAGGCGCUCGGUCAAUACUCUGGAAACAUAUCGAAUGCGCCGGGCGGACAACAGUUGUCUGAGCAAUUCGACCCCCACGACCUCAUUCGUCUUGUCACUCAGGUCGAUGUAUCUGGCUCUCCCGGCAUUCCCUCACUAUGGGUAUUCCUUAUUAUCGUUUUGGCAAUAUUGCUUGCCGUCGUACUCACCACAUCAGUCAUUAUGCACUGCAUUCAGCGCCGCCAACGUCGACGACUCCAGCGCCGUGUCGAACGUGGCGAGGUCGAUCUCGAGGCUCUCGGAAUCAAGCGUCUGAAUGUGCCGAAGACCGUUCUGGAUAAGAUGCCCAUUUAUACAUACACAUCCUCAGACCCUGCAAUAAUUGCAGCUGCAGCAAACGCCGAUAAGUCUGCCACAGAGGCAGCAUCAACGGCAGUCACGACUAGUCGACCUCGCGAGACACCAUACUCGCAGCUGUCAUGUCCUAUAUGUCUCGAUGAUUUCAUACACGGUGUUACGCCUGUCCGCGAGCUCCCGUGCAACCAUAUCUUUCACUCAGAAUGCAUCGAUCCCUUUCUACAGAACAACUCAUCACUUUGUCCUAUGUGCAAAGCGACUGCACUUCCGGCUGGAUACUGCCCAGUCAACGUCACCAACAUCAUGGUCCGGCGUGAACGGCUUGUGCGACGCAUGCGCGCGCGAGCCAAUGGCGAGGAAGCAACCGUAGCGGCCAUCGAUGCUGAGGCCGGUCAUGGGAUCAUGCGAUAUCUGGGUAUUCGGAUCAGGGACCGCGUGCGCGGGAGAAGAGCAACCACUGCCGGAGCUACCACUUCCGCCCAGGAUCCAGAGCAUGGCCAGGCCACGGAGCUGCAACCUACCACACCGGCACCUCCGGCACCAGCUGCCGUGACUAGCUCGGGCGCAAAUGGCGAGGUCGUCCGAGAAAGACAAGCAGCGGAGGCCGAGCAGAUACCCGAUGAAAUCCAGGCCCAAGGCGCGAGUGCCAGAAGAGCAUGGCUUCGUGACAGGUUCAUGAGGCGCGAAGAGCAAAGGUUCGAGCAGGAGGGUAUUGCUGGUGCUGCCAGAGAACAGGAUCGCAGACGACCUGCUUGGCGCAGAGGACUAAACCGGGUCUUUCCCACGAGUGGGUAA